GUGUCUAUGGACUGGACCGUUGGAUGGUAUCCAAGAUUGGACCACAUGGAAGAAGUGCGCGAGGAGACGGCGUUAUCACCACUUAAGACAAGCUAUGGGUCAUCCACACUCGCUACGCCCUUCGGAUGCAUCUGCUUCACUGAGACUGCUCCGAGCAAAGAACGACACACGCCCGGCGACGGCAUGAGCAAGGAGUGGCACAAUCUGGAGAUCCAACAUGAGGUGGAUCAAGUGGUGAGAGGAGACGUGGAUUCCUGCGAACCGCGAGGCGGAAACGUGCCACCACUUGAAUCGGACCAAGUCGGAAAGGACCAGAAGUCAGGGGUGCGCGACUAUGCCGACCAAGCACGUCGCACGAUAAGCGCAUCGCGAAACGAGUGCUGA